AUGCCGCCCAAAAUCACCCUCCCCAAGCCCCCCAAACCCACCGGCCCCCCCAAGCCAAAACGCCCUCUGCAGAACUUCGCCGCCGACUCCUCGUCCGACUCCGACUCCGACACCCCCACCGCCUCCAGCGCCUUCUCCAAAUCCAAACCCAAACCCAAAUCCGCCGCCUCAAAAGACAAAGCCCGCGUCAACGCCCAACUCGCCGCCACCCCCUCCUCCACCACCACCGCCCCCCCGGCAGACCUCGACCCCACCAUCUACGACUACGACACCGCCUGGGACUCCAUGUCCACGCUACGCACGCAGGCCGCCGCGCCGUCGGCCGCCGACGCCGCGCGGCAGCCAAAAUACAUGGCGUCACUGCUGUCGGCGGCCGAGGUGCGCAAGCGCGACGCGCUGGUCGCGAAGGAGCGCGCGCUGGCGAAGGAGCGCGAGGCCGAGGGCGCCGAGUAUGAUGGCAAGGAGACGUUCGUUACGGACGCGUAUCGGCGGCAGCGGGCGGAGGUGGCGGAGGAGGCGGCGCGGGAGCGGGAGCGGGAGGAGCGGGAGGAGAGGAGGCGGAAGGAGGGUGCGGGGGGAGGUGCGGGGUUUUGGAGGGGCGUGUUGGAGAGGGGGGAGGAGCGGCAUGGGGCGCUGGUGGAGGCUGCGGUGAAGGGGGUGGUGGGGGGGAAGAAGGGGGGGGAGAAGGAGGGGGAGGGGGAGAAGGAGAAGGUGAAGGAGAAAGGCGAGGCGGAGCUGGCGAGGGAGAGGGGGGUCGAGGUGAAUGAGGAGGGGGUGGUGGUGGAUAAGACACAGCUGCUGGAGGGGGGGCUGAACGUGAGUGCGAAGCCGCGGGGUGUUGCGGCGGUGGUUGCGGCGGCGCGCGGGGGGGAGAGGAAGCAGGCGUGGCAGGGGGUUGGCGGGAGGAGGGAGGACGCGAGGGCGAGGCAGAGCAGGAUGGUGGAGGAGCAGCUGGCAGCCGCGCAGAAGAGGGCGUUGGAGGCGGGAGAGGAGGAGAGGAAGAAUCUGGAGAGGGCUGCGAAGAGUCGUAAGACGGAGGGGGAGGUCAUGGGUGCCAGGGAGAGGUACCUGCAGAGGAAGAGGGAGGCGGAGGAGAAGAAGAAGGCGGGGGCCACGUAG